AUGGCGUCGAAAGAGAACCCAUUGCAGCCAUCGGAUAGUCGAAAUAUCAAUGACAAUGUGAGAAGGCCGAAGCUGAGUUUCGAGCUCUGUGUAAAUCCUUCUUUUUGGAAAGAUAACAAUGUUCAGAUAGGAGUAGACACUAAGAAAGGGGUUUAUGUAGAGAAUCUCACUGAGGUAGAAGUUACAAGUGCUCGAGAUGUGAUUCAACAACUUGUUCAAUGGGAAUUAAACAGAGUCAGUCAUCAUCUGGAUGAUCGGCUUAAUCUUGUAGACUUAGCAGGCUCUGAAAGUUGUUCUCUAGAGACCCUGUGCACAUUGCAGUUUGCCCAGUGUGCUAAUUUCGUUAAAGAUCAUGCUAUUGUGAAGGAAGAUGCUUCUGGAGAUGUCCUCGCAAUGAGGAUGCAGAUUCAACAACUCAAGGAGCCAACAUCUUCUUUAUGUAUUCCAAUAGAUGAGGACAAUGAAUUCCUCCGUGUACAGAACCAAUCUGAACUGGAUGCACUUCCCAAGGAACUCAAACUCUGCAUUGAUGAAAAGGAUAAGCUGGAAGAAUUAGAAGCAGAGAGAGCCUCCAAAAAAGCCAUUGAGGAAGAAACACAGACUGAUUACAUUCCCAAUAUUGCUUUUAAUGAUUUGAUUGGGGUUAAAACUAUGGUUGAUGCAAUAGCAGUUGCAAGCGAAAGAGAAGCAAAACUAUACAGAACAGUAAUUGUCUUGUCCAAGCAAACUGACGAACAAAGGAUGAAGCUUGAGGUGUUAAUUGAGGACUAUAGUAGACUAGAUGAACUAUAUGAACGAGCAGUUCCUGUGGAGGAGAAGUUCGAGGUGAAAAGGGAAGUUGAGAACUUAAAGUAUCAACUAAUGGAAAUGCAUGAAGAGAAUGAGAAACUAAGGAGUCUGUAUGAGAAAGCCAUGCAAGAGAAGGACGUUUUGGAUUCCGAGAAAAUGCUUGCUUCUGUUGGACAGAGGAAUGAAGGAAAUAAAGGAGAGUUUAAUUGCCCAGAAAAGCUUGUUGAAGUUGGAGGCAAACAUCUCAAUACACAGAAUGUUUACUUGAAGAUUGUAUGCUUCAUCUAUUUUGUUCUUGCUUGGGUGGUUUUUUAUGUUUGCUCUUGUACGAUGAUGGAAUGUUAGCGUAGCAUUCCGAUCUCUUCAGAAAUGAUGUAAAAACUUUUCAAAAUUGACUCUGAGAUUUCAGAAAUUAUAGAAUCAAUCAGAGUUAUUCCUCAGAACAAGCUUGGGUAACACCUUUGCAU